GAUUCAUCCUACGUUAUGAGGAGCUGCAGUUUCUCGCUCACUUUUCUAUUGGAGAUUUUUUGGGACGCUUUAGGAGUAGCGGCGUCGACAAGCACCUAUCGAUUGAGCGGGAUGAAACGCGUUAUUAUUUUGCAAAUGAGCCAUCAAAAACAGACGUUUCAUUCACUGCACACUUGAGACUUUCGAGAAAAAAAAAAAAACGUAAAAAAAAAAAAAAAACGUGUAUACUUCGCACGCACAGACUCUGUUAUCACUUGUGGAGCGGUUUGGAAGUUUGGAAGUUGUAACACCCUGACUCCAGUAUCAGCUGUACGAGAGGAAUGUUCACUGUGAGGAUGUAUCUAGUAAGGAUUACAACUAAUGCAUUGGUGCAUUUCACUAAAAGUCGUUUGUUAAUGAUGUCCUUCUUCCUCGCGACCUUUACAUAUACAGUGGCUGAUAUGAACCUGUCAGAGUCUGGAGAGAUCGAAGCUUUAGCUGAAGCUCAGAGCGGGGGUCUGCCUACAGCUGAAGGUUAUUUCCUGGAGUUUGUGGAGCAGCCAAACAAUAUAACCAUAGUACAGGGCCAGACGGCCACUCUGCACUGCAAAGUAGCGGGCUACCCGCGGCCCAGCAUCCGCUGGUUAAAGAACGAUGCUCCGGUGGUACAGGAGCAGGGCCGAAUCUCCAUCCGCAAGACAGAGGCUGGAUCCAAACUCCGCAUUCAGGACCUGGACACCACUGACACCGGAUACUACCAGUGUGUGGCCUCCAAUUCUGUCAAAGUCAUCUCGGCAACUGGAGUGCUCUAUGUGCGGCUAGGACAAUCCCCGACUCAUGGGGGAGCAGAUGAUUCAAUGCAUGAGAAGGGCUUCUGCCAGCCGUACCGAGGCAUCGCUUGUGCUCGCUUUAUAGGAAACAGGAGUAUCUAUGUGGAGUCUCUGCAGAUGCAGGGAGAAAGUGAAAACCGCAUCACUGCGGCCUUCACUAUGAUUGGCACCUCCACUCAGCUCUCAGACCAGUGUUCUGAGUUUGCCAUUCCUUCCUUCUGCUACUAUGUCUUCCCGUUGUGUGAGGAGGGCACCAGAGGUCCACGGAGGCGCCAGCUCUGCCGCGAUGAGUGCGAGGCGUUGGAGAACGACUUGUGCAAUGCCGAGUAUACCAUUGCACGUUCCAACCCCCUCAUCCUCAUGCAGCUCGAGCUGCCCGCAUGCAACCUGCUUCCCCACCCUGGAUCACCUGAAGCUGCCAGUUGCAUUCGCAUUGGCGUGCCACCCCAGUAUUCACCCCCAGAUCACAGCUGUUACAAUGGAAGUGGUGCCAACUACAGGGGCACAGUCAGCGUGACAAAAUCAGGGUACCAGUGCCAGCCCUGGAGUGCCCAAUAUCCACACAGUCACCAUCUGACCCCUAUUGAGUACCCUGAACUCAGAGGAGGGCAUAGUUUCUGCAGGAAUCCUGGGGGGCAAAUGGAGAGCCCUUGGUGUUUCACUUUGGACCCUAAUGUUAGAGUGGGUGUCUGUGACAUUCAUCCCUGCCAACCCCCAGAGAAAAUGAAAAAGGAGAUACUUUACAUCUUAAUUCCCAGUAUAGCCACCCCUCUUGUUAUUGCCUGCUUAUUCUUCUUGGUCUGCAUGUGUCGCAACAAACAAAAGGAGUCUGCUGACACGCCUACUCGCCGACAACUCACCACCUCACCAAGUCAAGAAAUGGAGCUGCCUCUUCUUAAUCAGCACAAGCAUCAGGCAAAGCUGAGAGAAAUUAACCUGUCUGCAGUUCGAUUCAUGGAGGAGCUUGGAGAAGACCGUUUUGGCAAGGUCUACAAAGGUCACCUCUAUGGUACCGCCCCAGGUGAACAGACCCAGGUGGUGGCCAUAAAGACAGUGAAAGACAAGGACGAAGGUACUCUGCGGGAGGAAUUCCGCCACGAGGCCAUGCUCCGUUCCCGCCUUCAACACCCCAAUAUCGUCUGCCUUUUGGGCGUGAUAACUAAAGACCAGCCCAUGAGUAUGAUCUUCAGCUACUCGGGCCACGGUGACCUCCACGAGUUCCUGGUCAUGCGGUCCCCCCACUCAGAUGUGGGCAGCUCUGAUGAUGACAAGACGGUCAAAUCAACGCUGGAACAAGCAGAUUUCCUACACAUCGUCACACAAAUAGCAGCAGGAAUGGAGUAUCUAUCUAGCCACCAUGUGGUCCACAAGGAUCUGGCCGCUCGCAACAUCCUGGUCUGCGAUAAGCUCAAUGUGAAGAUCCUGGACCUUGGGCUGUUCCGAGAGGUCUACUCGGCUGACUACUACAAGUUCAUGGGCACUAGUCCCUUCCCCAUCCGUUGGAUGUCCCCUGAAGCCAUAUUAUAUGGCAAAUUCUCCACUGAUUCAGACAUCUGGUCCUAUGGCGUGGUGCUGUGGGAGAUAUUCAGCUAUGGCCUUCAACCUUAUUGCGGCUAUUCCAACCAGGAUGUCAUCGAGUUGGUACGCAACAGACAAGUGCUCUCCUGCCCAGAUGACUGUCCGGCCUGGAUUUACACACUCAUGUUAGAGUGCUGGAAUGAGUUUCCUGCGAGAAGGCCUCGUUUCAAAGACAUUCACGCACGUCUGCGCACCUGGGAGAGCUUGUCCAACUACAAUAGCUCUGCACAGACCUCGGGGGCAAGCAACACCACUCAGACAAACUCCCUCAGCACGAGCCCCAUCAGUAACAUCAGCAAUGCCCGCUAUGUUAGUCCCAAAAAGGCAUCCCCCUUUCCUCAGCCUCAGUUCAUGCCCAUGAAGGGCCAGAUGCGCCCGAUGGUGCCAUCUCAGCUCUACAUCCCAGUCAAUGGCUACCAGCCAGUGCCUGCCUAUUCGUACCUGCAAAACUUCUAUCCUAUGCAGAUCCCCAUGCAGAUGCCUCCACAGCAGUUGCACCCCCAGAUGAUCGCCAAGGCCGGAUCACACCACAGCGGAAGUGGCUCCACCAGCACUGGCUACGUCACCACAGCACCAUCCAAUGGUUCUGGCACAGAAAAAGCAGUCUUUAUGAACGAAGAGCAAAAGGCAACCGAAGAGGACAUAGCUGAUGGGGCCUCUCAAAAUGGUCUCCACAAUGAGGACCUAUCUGUUCCUGAGACAGAGCUCCUGGGGGACAAUGACAGUCCACAGACAGAGGACAAUGAUUUCAACUCAGAAGCAUAAGGCGACCUUUUGGAUCCGAUGAGAAAGAACAAUUCUGUAAACUGUGAUUUUUGUCAGUUUGGCAACAGUUUAAAAAAAAGUGAAGGGAACCAGUUAUUAACACAUGAACUUGCUGUUAUUUAUGGGGCUUUUUUUUAGUUGAAGAUGGUACUUUUAAAACUAAUCUCAGCUUUACCCAUGAGCUUCAGUUUUCUGAGUGUUUGAUGAAGAAUCUGGCUUUCAGCCCUUCUGUUUUGGGUUCGGGAGCAGACAUGAUACAUAGACAGCAUCUUGGUUUCGUAUUUGAAUUGUUGCAAAGCUAUUCAGAAGAAUUUACGUUCUCACUGUUGCUGUGCAACAUGAAACAUCUUUUCAGCAAGGACAUCUAUUACUGUACCCAAUCACAUUAAUUUCCACACUGCUUAAGGCAGAGUUAUGGUCGUCUUGCAUUCUCACUAACAUAAGAACAAAAUUUCAAGUUUUUAUUUCAUUGUUUUGUUUUUUCUUUUGAUUAAGGCUUUGAGCUCCACCACAGGAAAAACAUAUUUCUUGCUUGAUGACAUUGCAUGACGAAAACUGUACCACGGAUCACAAUAUGGAACUAUAAAACAAAUGGAUGUGCAAAGACAUGAAUGCUCUGUUUUAGAAAUAGCUUUUUUAAAACAUUGAAUACUUGUUGUAAAGAUUUGUAAUUUAUGUCAUUGAUUUGUAACUGGUUUGUAAUGUUCUUCUACUAUGUGUCUCAUUUUCAGGCAGGUUUAUUUAGCCAGUAGUAUUACUUUAAAGUCAUACAGUAUCAACCAAAUACUUGCUUUCUACCCAGAUGUAAUUAACAAACAUUAACCAUAUACUGUGUAUAACAAGGCACAUGGACUAUCCAAUAAAGUAAAACAUAACGAUAUUACUUCCAAAGUUUUCUCGACUUCUAUAAAAUUGAUGCUAGAUUCUAGAAAUUGCAAAAUAAUUUUUCCCUUGAUAUUGCAAUUAUAAGAGAACAGGUUUACAUCUGCAUAUAAAAUAUGUACAUUGUAAACUUGGAGUAAAAACACUUUACAUUAAGGUUAUAUUUGUUAACAUUAGUUAAUGCAUUUGAUAUAAUGAACUAACAAUGAACAAUUUAUUUUUACAACAUUUAUUAAUCUUGGUUAAGGUUAAUUUAAAAAAAAUUUUAUUCAUUCUACAAUUGUUCAUGUUAUUUCAUAAUGCAUUCAUGCUAAUUUAUACAACUUUUAUUUAAAAAAAAUGUAUUAGUAUAUGUUGAAAUUAACAUUAACCAAGAUUAAUAAAUGAUGUGAAAGUAUUGUUCAUUGUUAGGUUAUGUUAACUAAUGUAGUUAACUACUGUUAACAAAUGGAACCUUAAUCUGACUUCAACAUAGCUACAGACAAUUAUAUCAGAUGUAUAGAUAAACUUUUAUUAACCUAUUUGUUUCGUUAACCUGUUAUUUUCCACUGAUGCAUAGCUAUCAAAGGGGAAUGUGCCAUGUAUGCUAAAGGUUUAUUGAUAUUCUUUUUUCACAUGGUUGUGUGGCACAUUUAACAGAUGUUCAUCAAUGCCCUUAAAGACCAUCCUUUAAUUUUAAUGUUAGGAAUAACUCAAUGUUAUUCUAACAGUCCCCUUAAUGUAAAUGAAUGUCACUGUGUCGUGUUGUACUGUUAAGUGAGUAACUAACUGUGCUGGUUGCUUGUGUUCACCAAUGACUGUGAAGUAGGCGUUAUUAUCUCAUGCUCCUUCCCAUGAAAGGCGUGUCCAGAAUAUUAACUGAUAGCUAAUAUCGUCUUCAAGUUCACUUUUUUUGGCAGACAGUCUGCAAAUCAUUUUAAACUGACAUACAGCACCUGAUAGGAACACAUAGCAGAUGAAGUAGACGACUAUAACUGAGAUGUCCACGCGUGAUGAACUGGGCUGUAUCAGCGAUUUACAGGACGCGUAUUCAUUUUACGCGAUGUCAGGCCUUCGCACAAACGUCGGAACGCGACGGAAAAGAGAAUUUACACCUGAUGAGCAGAAAGACAGUAAUUACUGGCUCAAGCGGAAUCGUAACAAUGAAGCUGCGAAGAGGUCUCGCAAGCGCAAAAGGAUGGAAGAACAUCAUCUGGAGACGCGUGCCGUCGAGCUUCAGCGAGAAAAUGAAAUAUUAAAGGCUGCACUAUCUGCAGUUCACCAUAAUCUAAUGGAUGUUGCUUUAAAAUACCAUAUUGGCAUGCGAAAUGGCUGUUAUACACAGAAUGUACCUGUCCCUACAAUGAUACCAUUGCAUGGUCUGUCGCAUUGCCCAUUUCUCGAUUAUCGUGGAUCGAUGAUAUAUCCCCAAACAAGUCAUUUUAAUUCGGUUUACGAUUUGGUCUCAUACCAUGUGGCAGACACUGCGGCUAGUACUACAAAAUUGCCGCGCAACAGUAUUGGAGAGUUAUCAUCCAAUGGGCAGGUACAGUCAUGGAAUGAGCACAUGGACCAGUGGAGCUUAUUUGAGAGAGAGAACAAAUCCGCCAACGAAACUAAUGCAGGUCAAAUGCUUGGGCUGUCGGACUACAACAGUCCAGUGGUGAACCUGUCGCGCAAUACCUGCUCUUGUUUAAAUCAAGAGAACUCGUUUUGCAUUGUGAAUCAUUAGUUAUAAUGCAUUUUCAAUAAAAGAUAUUGUUUGUGAACAAGGGAA